AAUAGGAGGGCUAGCUUAGAGGCGCUGAUGGGUCACUUUGGAGAGUCGGAGAGUUCCGGAGGCCAAUUUGAGUCCCGGAAGUGCAGCAGCACGGCUGCAGGAGGGGCGGCUUUGAUGACAGCUGAUUGUUUAAAGGGCGGGGGUCAGCUACUGACUCCAGCCCUGGUUUAGUCCUGGGGGCCAAGGUCGCAGUCACCGCGGGGGAGAAAUGACAGAGAAGCGACCUAGCACAGUGCUCCUUGGCGGACCCGGGGGACCACGGGUGCUGGGGUUCGGGGGGGUCUGUAGGAUACAGGUAUUUGCCGCGAUCUUCCCACUGCUGUUGUCUGCGGCAGUAUUCGGGGCUAGGGCAGAGAACGACUUCGGUCUGGUUCAACCGCUGGUGACCAUGGAACAGCUGCUGUGGGUGAGUGGGAGGCAGAUCGGCUCUGUGGACACUUUCCGAAUCCCGCUCAUCACAGCCACUCCUCAGGGCACUCUUCUUGCCUUUGCUGAAGCGAGAAAAAUGUCCACAUCGGAUGAGGGGGCCAAGUUCAUCGCUCUACGGAGAUCCAUAGACCAGGGCAGCACAUGGUCUCCUACAGCAUUCAUUGUGGAUGAUGGGGAGACCCCAGAUGGUCUGAACCUGGGAGCAGUGGUGAGCGAUACUGAAACGGGAGUGGUAUUCCUUUUUUACUCCCUAUGUGCUCACAAGGCUGGCUGCCAGGUGGCUUCCACCAUGUUGCUAUGGAGCAAAGAUGAUGGUGUUUCCUGGAGCCCGCCCCGGAACCUCUCCUUGGAUAUUGGCACUGAGAUGUUUGCUCCUGGACCUGGCUCUGGCAUUCAGAAACAACGGGAACCACGGAAAGGUCGGCUCAUCGUGUGUGGUCAUGGGACGCUGGAGCGGGAUGGGGUCUUCUGCCUCCUCAGUGAUGACCACGGCGCUUCCUGGCGCUAUGGCAGUGGGGUCAGCGGCAUUCCCUAUGGCCAGCCUAAGCGAGAAAAUGAUUUCAACCCCGAUGAGUGCCAGCCCUAUGAGCUCCCAGAUGGGUCAGUUGUCAUCAACGCCCGGAACCAGAACAACUACCACUGCCACUGCCGAAUUGUCCUCCGCAGUUACGAUGCCUGUGAUACACUGAGGCCCCGUGAUGUGACCUUUGACCCUGAGCUUGUGGACCCUGUGGUUGCUGCAGGAGCUGUAGCCACCAGCUCUGGCAUUGUGUUCUUCUCCAACCCAGCCCAUCCAGAGUUCCGAGUGAACUUGACCCUGCGUUGGAGUUUUAGCAAUGGUACCUCAUGGAGAAAAGAGACAGUCCAGCUCUGGCCAGGGCCUAGUGGCUACUCAUCGCUGGCAGCCCUGGAGGGCAGUGUGGGCGGGAAGAACCAGGCCCCCCAACUCUUCGUCCUGUAUGAGAAAGGCCGGAACCACUACACAGAGAGCAUCUCCCUGGCCAAAGUCAGCGUGUAUGGGACACUCUGAGUUGUACACCUGCCACAAGGGUAGAAGGCCCUGGACUCAGUCUUCAGGAUGAUGGGCCUAUGGAGGGUCUGCUGGACAUGCCUAAAAGACAGUUACACCUUCCUUUAGAUCCAGCCUUUUGCAAAAUCAGCUUUUCUUUGACAGGGAAAUCAUUCCGUUAGGACUAAAAGCCUGGCUGUUUCUCCCACACAGGAAGUCCUGCCCCCACCUGGGUGUGCUUCCUUUCCACAUUGCUGGGUCUGGCCCCAUACACUUUUUGCCCUCUCAAAACAAUGAUUGGUCCUUUCUUUGGGCAGGGCUAGGUGGGCCUGUAGAAUUGAAUAAAUGUGAACUUGAAAUUGGGGAAAGCUGAGCUUCCUCUCUGAGGUAAGAUACUAGCUUUGGAGAGGGUUGGUGAAGGGCCUGGGAGGGCAUGGUGUUUCUUUUCAGGUUAAGGGACUAGUAGCACCAUCAGCCUUGACUAUUUAUGGAUCAAAAUGUUUGUAACACAAAAUCUUUAAUGAAGAUGAAUGAACGGA